AUUGCCAGGGUUAAGCGUCAUGGGGGAUCGAGGAUAUAUGGAGAUCAAAGCUAGGCAUUAAGACAGGUAAGCUAAGUCAGCUGAUGUGGUGAUCAGAAAUAUGCAGCAAGGAGCAUAAUUGUUGGACCUGCCAAGUCAUUCAAUAAGGGAUAUUCCAAUAUAUCUAUUCAAAAUGCCAACCAAAUUGGUAAAGGAUAUUGCAACUUCAAAUUCCUACACAUCAUUCUUCACCCCUGUGAGCACCCAUUAUGACAAGGGAAGAAAGAAGAAAAAGAAGAAGAAUGCUAAAAAUCGAGCCCAACAAGUCACUGUGUCAGUCAAAGCAUUUGAUCGGCCAAAAUCUGAAAUCGGUUUCAAAUCUGACAAGUCACUAUGCAGGACUAAUACUUGUGACAGUUUAAACUCCACAAAGCUUCCUUCCAUCUAUAGUAGAUCCCCACCCAGCCCUAGGCUUCUGACUCCAUUAAACAGAACUCCUCUUGGUUUGUCGCUGAACAAUGUCCCGACAGCGUGUGAACGGAGGAAGAAACUUCCACUUCUAGCUGCCAUUAAACCUGAUAAUGAAAAGUCAGAAAAGGAGAGAUUUAUGCGUGCCAAUUUUUUAUACAAUCCAUACUUUGUGUAUAAAUUUCCUGCUGAUGCUGAAGUGUUGGAGAAAUGUAGCCAGCCGUCGGACCGGUUUAUAAAUGAGGCGAUAUACAUAAUGGAAAAUUCACUAGAAAAAUAUGGUACCUAUGAAGAAUUUGAAGCACAGACAGGGGGACAAGUUAUAGGGAGACCACAGAUUUUAAAUAUUAUUAAGAGGUACUUAAAACGAGAGGAACUGGAGGAAGACAUCAUCCUGAACUUGACAGAUGAGCUGCUUUCUCGAGGAUCCAUGACAAGAAAUAAAGGAAAGCCUCAACUGAAUGUCAGAACUGUUAACCUGAGAGAAAUGUGGGUCGAAGGUCUACUACGACAUGAAAUAGGAACUCAUCAUCUUCGGAGUAUAAACAACAGAUACCAACCAUGGAGCAACUUGAAAGUUCGGAAAGACAUGGGAUUGCGAUCGAUGAAUCCGACAGAAGAAGGGCUGGCGUCUCUACACAGCGUUCUCUAUCGCAAAGAUCCAAGUCUAUGGCGAGCUGCCGUAUUGUAUUAUACUGUGUACAAGGCCUCACAAAUGUCCCUCAAAGAGUUGUUUAGAGAUCUGGGUCAGUAUGUUCAGGACCCUAAUGUCCGCUGGGAUUACUGCAUCAGGGCGAAGAGAGGACAGACGGACACAUCAAGACCAGGUGCUUUUUGCAAAGACCAGGUGUAUCUGGAUGGCGCCCUGCAGCUUUUGAAACACCGGAGACAUAUUGACUUCCAGCUGCUGAUAAGAAUGGGGAAAAUUGCCUGGCAAGACAUUGAUGUACUGCGACCAUAUGUUGAAUUACAAGACACCCAGAUUCCAUUUUUCAUGGAGGAUAUGACUUCUUACCGGAAACACUUAGACAGGAUAGCUGAAGCUAAUGGUCUCACCGAUGAAAUGCUAACAGCUGUUCGAUAGAAGUGACUAUUACACAAAAUACUGGUAGAUUUAGCAAUUUAUACACGUGUGGCCCAUUUGUCAAAAUCUUGUGAUUCUUUCCAAGGUUCCUAGUUGUGAAUUGUUGUUAUUUUAUCUUAUACAUGGUGAUAGGGACAUUUGCCUGUUGUUUGUUAUUGAAAUUAUGUUCUGUUUAAUUUUUUUUUUUAUGAAAACUGUUUGCGAUAAUGUAGUUUUUGCAAAUGUUAAAUUUCACACUAUUAUAGUAAUGUGCAAAUGCACUGAAAAGAUAACUUUGGUGCCGUAUUAACGAAAACUAAGUGCCAUGCAAAAUGUGUUUGUGAUGAAAACAAAGAGCUAGUUAGAGAAAUUGUAUCAGUGCAGCAAACAGCAUUUUAUGAAGCGUAUUGAUUUACAAAUAAGUUUUCAAAUGUAAUGGGUUUGCUUGACUUUUUUUUAUCAUCAUUGUUCUAUGCUUUUAGUACUGUCAGGUUACAGUUAUGAUACAAUGAAAAGAGACAAAGGAAAGCGAUGAAGAAUGAUGAAAUCCAUUACCUGUGUGUGCUAUGACUAGUUUUUUACAUUAUUUGUUAUCCAGUUUUAUGUUCAGUAUUGCAUAACCUGGAAUGAAAUUCUUUACACUGGUUGUGAAAAUAUUCAUUCCCGAGUUGUUGAUUUUUUAAAUUAUAUACUCGAUUUAUAUUUUAGCUAUACAUUUCAGCAUUAUUUUUUAUAUGGUUGUGAAUUUUAAUUCACUUUACAUUUAUUUUUCCUGGUUGUGAUAACUUUUGAUUCGAAUUUUCACUGAGGUAAGGUAACUUUCCCAAACUCAGUAGGAAAGCAUCCUUUUAUUGACAUCCUUCUAUCCCACCCACCUCACCUCCUCUCCUGUCAGCUAAUAUCAGAUUAAUGUCAAUCGAUUCAAAAGCUACUCCUCCUAUCGAUUUGUCUGAAUUCUAUGAGACAAUGCAUAUACUUAGUAGUGUUACCCCUUUCCAUGCAUCAUGGUUAGUUUUUGAUACUUUUUACUGUACUUUUUUAUAAUGAGCUAAUAUUUGGUACAUCUCUUUAUAUAGAUGGUGUACAGAUUAAGUUGGAGCUUCAUAGUGACUGACCUAUUUUGACCAAGGACUCUGAAAUUUACUCACUGCUUUUCGUUUAGUUUUUUUUUUGGGGGGGGGGGGGUAGAUCUCUUUACAUUGAUGACAUACAGAUUAAGUUUCAUGUAAAUUGACUUAUUUUCAGUUAUUCUCUUUAGACUGAGAAUUCCUAAUUAUUAACUUGUUUUUUGGACUCUUUUUGUUCUGAUUCUUUUAUGAUAAGCAAAGUUUUAGUGUAAUACCUUUACAAUAUUAACUUCAAGAGAUCAAGUUCCACUUUCCUUAGUAAUUAAAUCAAUAGUAUCUUAAUGAUUCAUGAUAAUGUCCACCUUGCACUUUCAUGUCCUUAAAGACUAACUGUGAUUCAAUUCUCUUCAUAACUGGUUCAAGAAAACAAAAGCAUCAAUAUCAUUCUGUUUUUGUCCCUAUGCUAUUGUUAUGUCUCUGGACUUUCGAACAUUUUGAUAUGAAAUGUCAGCGGGGGCAUUUGUGUCAUAUUGACACAUUUAGUCUAUAAUUUAUAAGACCUGAUCAAUGCAGUUGAGCUACAGUCUUUACAGGACAUAAGGUCUGGUUGUAUAUUUAUUAUUUAAUGUGUCUCGUUAAUAAUAAGUCUGGUAAUGUUAAUUUAUUAUUCAAUGUGUCUCGUGAGUAAAAUAUGACAGUCUUAGUAUUUAAUGUGAUUAAUAGUGUCUUUGUUAAUAUAAACAUUUUUUGCAAAAACAUUUUACAAAAUGCAACUUUUCUGUCCAGUCAUUUAAGAGCUAAGAAUGUAAUUAUCUUUAACAGAGCAUAAUUGUAGAAAAUUCUUUGUCAUAGACAGGACCCAAACAGGGUCCCAAGGAUGCUGUACAAAUGUAUUAGGUAUUCAGAUAUCUAUUGUGUGUGUAACAUCAUUUUGCGGUAGCAGUUGAUUUUUGGGUAGUACUAUACUCUUUAGAGGUUUGUUUUAAUUGAUAAAAAUAGGGCAAUUUUUAUACAUGUAUGUACAAAAACUACUCCGCAUUCUAGAGAUACAUGGUGAGAUACUUUUUGACUUGGCACUGCCAAGGUAAAUAAGGGCGUUAACCAAGGCUCUAUUGUGUUGAGUAGUACAGAAAGCAACCUUUAUACUUAGUUAUAUGCAUGGUGAUGUAUCAGUUAGUAGCUAAACAUGCAGAGUGCCAUUGUAGAAAGAGUUACAAUUUAUGAUCAUUCAAACAAGUUGGAAAUAUUUUGCCAAAUUUUUCCUGUUUGAAUUUUUUUUUUUAUAAUUAAUGGUGUAUGUACCAAGCUUCAUGUGUAAUAUAUCUGCUAUGAUGAAAUGCCAAGAAGAAAUUUAAAACAAAAUUAGUUUGUGUGAGUUGCAUGAAAAUUAAGUCAUAUGGACUGAAAACUUUAAUAAUUUACAAUUUCCAGUAACAAUUUCUUCAGCCUGAAGUUAAAUAUUAAUUUGUUUGUCAGUAGCUUCAUAUAAUUUCUAAAUACUGGUUCCUUUCAAUUUCAACAAGUACUAAUGGUUACUUGAAAACAGCAAAUAGUCAAACAUUGUUAAUAUACUGUAACAUGACUGUACGAUAUAUUUACAUCAAAUCUUUGCAGCUCUUUCUUCACUUGUUGCUUAAUAUGACUUACCAGGUAAUAAACUGUCUGGUUUACUGGU